CGCGCGUGUGGUCGGGCGGUCAUGUGACCCGGAAGCAGGAGCAGAAGCAACAGAAGAAGUCAGAUGGCGGCAGUGGUGCUGUUGUACUUGCUGUUGGCGAGGAUGAGCGAAGCAGCGCCGACCCACGAUGAGGUAGUCAACCUUCCCGGGCUUCCCAAGCAGCCGGGCUUCCGGCACUUCUCGGGUUACCUCAGUGUGGCGGGCGGCAAGCAUCUGCACUACUGGUUCGUCGAGUCUCAGAACUCUCCGGCGUCCGACCCGGUCGUGCUUUGGCUCAACGGCGGUCCCGGCUGCAGCUCGCUGGACGGGUUGCUGACGGAGCACGGACCCUUCCUGGUGGAGGAUGACGGCGCCACGCUGAGAGAAAACACACAAUCCUGGAACAAGAUCGCCAACAUGCUGUACCUGGAGUCUCCGGCGGGGGUGGGCUUCUCCUACUCUGAUAAUGGCACCUACGCCACCAAUGACACGGAGGUGUCCAUUCUCAACUACUUGGCGCUGAAAGAGUUCUUCCGUCUUUUCCCCGAGCUGAGCACCAACCCGCUUUUCCUGAUGGGAGAAAGCUACGGCGGCAUUUACGUGCCCACGUUGGCCGAGAGAGUCAUGGAGGACGCUGCUCUCAACCUUCAGGGCAUGGCGGUGGGCAAUGGGAUGUCAAGCUACAAGCUGAACGACAACUCGCUGGUGUACUUUGCGUACUACCACGGCCUGCUGGGAAGCCAUCUGUGGAGCCGCCUGCAGGCGUGGUGCUGCCGCCGAGGCAGAUGCGACUUCCAUCAAAAUCCCGACGUCAACUGCUCGGCUGCCCUGGUUGAGGUUCAGGACAUCAUCUACGGCUCGGGGCUCAACAUGUACAACCUCUACGCGCCUUGUCCGGGGGGCGCUGCCCACAGGUUCAGUGCGGAGCGAGGCGAGCUGGUGGUGCGGGACCUGGGCAACGUCUUCAUCCAUCUCGAGUGGACGCAGAUGUGGAAGAAGAAGCUGCGAGGCCUGGCGUCCGGCAAGACACGCGUGCACCUGGAGCCACACUGCACCAACUCCACACCCGCUACUCGCUUCCUCAACGACCCGCAUGUGCGACGCGCCCUGCACAUCAGCCCCAAUGCGCCCGACUGGACCAUCUGCAGUUCCGAGGUGUACCUCAACUAUGGCCGGCUGUAUCUGGACGUCAGCAAGCAAUACCUCAAGCUUCUGGCAGCGCUGAAGUACCGCGUGCUGGUGUACAAUGGCGAUGUGGACAUGGCUUGUAACUUCAUGGGCGACGAGUGGUUCGUGGAGUCCUUGAACCAGGAGGUGCAGGUGAGCCGGCGCCCGUGGCUGUACGAGGAUGAGGACGGUCGUCAGGUGGGCGGCUUCGUCAAAGAGUUCAACAACUUGGCCUUCCUCACUGUCAAGGGUUCGGGUCACAUGGUGCCGACGGACAAACCUGUGGCAGCGUUUGCUGUCUUCUCCAGAUUCGUCAACAAGCAACCUUUCUGAGCAUCAGCCUCGUUCCCAUGGUACUGAGCUAUGCUGUGUGAUUGGCUGCCUGUUACCAUGGUGACUCGCACUGCCCACCUGAUCCCAAGACUUGGGUUCCUGCUGCUGAUUGUUGUUGUUGUUUUUACUUCAAAGGGAAAUCACAAAUAAAAGCUUCAUCUUAAGUGCGA